AUGAAAUUGCUUAUUAGGAAAUUCACACGUUCUCAUGAACAAACUGAAGAUGAUUAUGCUGAAUUAUUAUUUGAACCUAUUGGAGCAACUCCGUCAACUAUUACAAGCUGUCAAUUAAUAGAGCCCCCUGUUACUACUGAAGACCUAUGUGAUUUAGUUAAAGCUACAAGUUAUCUUUCUUUUCAAGAAUAUUGGGAAACUUCUAAAGAAAUUAGGCUUUUAUCUACUAUAUCAACUCUUGAACUCGCAACAACUAAUGACUUGAUUGCAGAUUUAUAUAGUAGUAAAAAACCUAAUAAUGAAAUUUUUAAUGAAACUGAAGUUGACUAUUACUUUCGUGAACUUGUUGAGAAAAUAGACUGCAAUUUUCUAGUAUGGUAG